CGUCGGAUUAUUUAAUCAUUUGUUUGAAACUUGGCUGCGUAUUGGUUUCCGUUUUCCUCUCCUCUCCCCCUCAGCGGUUUUUGUUCUACUGGCUUCUCUCUUUUUUUUCUCAACCAACAAUCUCUGGCUGAAACCGGCGAGAGCGAGGGGUUUUUUUUAUUGGGGAACUUUUUUAUUUGUUCGUCGCGCCAUUUUUCCGGUAAAUUACCCAGUUAGAGGCUGGAGCCGGAUAAGAAGAAGAUAAUCUAUGGAGGGAGACGCAGGAAGAGAUUUGGGAUGCCAGAAGAUUAUGGAUGGGAAGGAGAGUAAUGGCCAUAAUGGUUCAGUGAAACCCAUCACUACUAUCCCUGCUUGUUGUCUAAAGGCCAGGGCUUCUUCAUCAGCUGCUGAGCUUGAUGCGAAAUGCCACUCUACUGUUGUUUCUGGGUGGUUCUCGGAAUCUCAAUCCUGCUCUGGCAAAGCUGGGAGAAAGGUUGUUUACUUUAACAACCCUAUGUGGCCUGGAGAAGCACACUCACUGGAAGUGGAGGAAAUUUUGUAUGAGGGAAAGUCAGACUACCAGGAGGUUUUGGUCUUUCAGUCAUCAUCGUAUGGAAAAGUUCUUGUUCUUGAUGGCAUCGUUCAGUUGACCGAGAAAGACGAAUGUGCAUACCAGGAAAUGAUAGCUCAUCUCCCACUCUGCUCAAUUCCAUCCCCGAAAGCUGUCCUUGUAGUUGGCGGUGGCGAUGGAGGUGUCCUCAGGGAGAUCUCUCGUCACACUUCAGUGGAAACCAUAGACAUAUGUGAAAUAGAUAAGAUGGUCAUAGAUGUAAGUAAGAAGUUCUUUCCUGAAUUAUCCAUUGGAUUUGAGGACUCGCGUGUUCAUCUCCACGUUGGUGAUGCUGUUGAAUUCCUCCAACGUACUCCUGCAGGGAAGUAUGAUGCAAUCAUUGUUGAUUCUUCGGACCCUGUAGGCCCUGCUCUAGAGCUCGUCGAGAAGCCAUUCUUCGAGACCAUAGCAAGAGCACUGAGGCCCGGUGGAGUCCUCUGCAACAUGGCCGAGAGCAUGUGGCUUCACACACAUCUGAUCGAGGACAUGAUCUCCAUCUGUCGUGAGACUUUCAAGGGCUCAGUGCACUAUGCCUGGGCCAGCGUGCCAACAUACCCUAGUGGGGUGAUUGGAUUCGUGUUGUGCUCCACGGAGGGUCCUGGUGUCGAUUUUUUGAACCCUGUUAACCCGAUUGAGGAGGUGGACGGAGCAGGGAAUCACAAGAGGGAACUUAGGUUCUAUAACUCCGAGAUGCACAGAGCUGCCUUUGCACUGCCCAACUUCUUGAAAAGGGAGGUGAGCCUGCUUCGAGGCGCCACAGUUCCUUUCCUAGUCCGAGGGGAGCUGAUGUGAUGCCACACUCGUUGUUGCAUCGUGUCUUAUCGCGUUGCUUGCGCCAGUUUCACCUCAUUAUUGGUAUUUGACGACUGUAAUAAUAACUCUAUUCUUACCGACGCAUACGCCUAUUUAUCACUGAUGAUUGAUUGUAAUAUCCUGGAUUGUCUUAGCUCUAUUUUCAGCAUUGUGUAUUUGGUUUUUGAUCAUGUUUUCAUUGGCUGUUUUACACGCAAUCAAAACUUCUGUGAAAUUGUUGCUCUCUGUUCAGUUGUGUUCAACGAGUCGCGAAAGCUCAGCCCAUGAAUAUCGGGCCAUAAUCAUAUUGGCUUGACUCUGUUAGGGCCGGGAAGCGAAAACUAUAUGGAUAAUACAAGAAAAUGGGUUUGCAAGAAGUAGUAACAGCACUCUGUACUCUACAAUGGCGGCCGACUCGUUGUUUAAGAAAGUUGAAGCUUGAAAGGCUUAAUCGAGUACUUCAGGAAGAAAGAAACAAACCCC